AUGCCCGGAAGAAUGGGACAAAAUGGCGGAUUUGGCCCACCAGGCCCUUCAGGGGAUCAAGGACCGGCUGGAGCUCCCGGUCAACCUGGUGAAGCUGGAGCGCCCGGAAAACCUGGAAUGCGCGGACAAGGAAAGCCCGGACACAAAGGACCUGCUGGACCGCCAGGCUCGCCUGGACAACUUGGAUCGCCUGGAGCAUCUCCUCCCGCUGGCACUCCUGGUCCAGCUGGUCAACCUGGCCGAGCAGGAGGACCUGGAGUUCCUGGCCCACCAGGACAGCCUGGUCGGGCAGGAGGGCAAGGAGUUCCCGGAUCUGAUGCCGAAUAUUGCCCAUGCCCUCCAAGAACAGGCGAGGUUUCAACAGGUGGAAGAACUGGUGGGUCUCACCAUGCAUUGACUGACUACGCACCUAUGGAACAAAUUUCUAAAGUCGAAACAACAGUUCCUGCCAGUAAAUAUGAGGGUGAACAACCAGCAGCUGCUUCACCCUCUGUUAAACCUUAUGCAGCAGGGGAGGCUGCAAGUGAAAAGCCACCAGCAGCAGCUAUCCCCCAAUCUAGUGGAAGCUAUUCAGAAUAA